CACAGCCGGGCCGGGGCGCGGCGCGGCGCGGCGGGAGCCGCCUGCGGGGCGCUGGGAGCGGCAGCGGCGCGGCAUGGCCGGCUGAGGCGGGCGGGAGCCGCCGCCGCCGCCCGGCGCCGCUCCCCGGCCCCUCUCGGCGGGAGAAGGAACGCCUGGGUAGAUGACCGACCGACCGACAGACUGACUGAAUGAAUGAAUGGCGGAGCGCCGCGCCGCAGCAUGAGGCGCCGGCCGAGGACCGCGCCCGGGCUCGCCCUGCUCUGCCUCGCCGCCCUCCUGGCCGCCGCCGCCGGGCUGCCCUCCAGCGCCGCGACGCCCCCCGAGCCCGGUAGCGGUAGCGGCGGCCCCGCUGAGGGCGGUCCCGGUACCGUACCGCCGGACCGGCCCCGCGGUACCGCCGCGCCCGCCCGGAGCAGCGCUCCGCCGCCGCCGCCCCCGGAGGAGGAGGAGGAGGAGGAGGAGGCGGCGGUGGCGGAGGAAGAAGAGGAGGAGGAGGCGGCGGCCGCGGGCAGCGGCCCCGCAGGAGACCCGUGCAACUGCAGCGCCGUGGGGAGCGCCAGCGCGGCCGAAUGCAACGGGACGACGGGGCAGUGCCCCUGCCUCGAAGGCUAUGCGGGGCUGCGGUGCGAGACCUGCGCCCAGGGCUUCUACCCGGAGCAGAGGAGCCAGCGGUGCCGUCCCUGCGGCUGCAGCCACGCCGGCUCCGGCAGCGCCCGGUGUGACGACUCUGGGAAAUGCCAGUGUAAAGUUGGUGUCACGGGCCUGAAGUGUGACCGGUGCAGUGAUGGAUACUACAGGUUUAACGAAACCACCUGCGAGCCGUGCCAGUGCAACAACCACUCCAAAACCUGCGACAGCUUAACAGGCACCUGCCUGCACUGCCAGGAAAACACCGAGGGAAACCACUGCGAGCUCUGCAAGGAGGGCUUCUACAGAAGCGCCCAUCCUGCCCACGCCUGCCAUCGCUGCCCGUGCUCCACCGUGGCAUCGACCGGCACCUGCCGAAUACAGCCUGGUGAAACUGCCCCAAGGUGCGACGAAUGCAAAACCGGGUACACUGGCCCGAACUGCAACCAGUGUGACAGUGGCUACUACAACUCUGACAGCAUCUGCGUAAGAUGUAAAUGCAACGGGAACGUGGACCCAGCGCGGUCACCCAGCGUGUGCAAGCCGGAUAGCGGGGAGUGCAUCGGCUGCCUGUACCACACUGCUGGGUUUCAUUGCGAGGAGUGUGAGGAUGGCUACGUCCGAGACCCUGAGGGGACCAACUGCACCAGGAGAGAAGCUACUCUUGGCCCAGAAACAAGGGAGUUUACAACUUCUGCUCCAAAUGCCAGCAAGGCAACAUCAUUUUCAACGGCAGUGAUAAACAGUACGUUGUCACCAACAACUAUACAGACUAUAUUUCCUAUGAGUUCCUCUGACAAUAGUACCUCUGCUUUUGCAGACGUUUCAUGGACUCAGUUUAACAUAAUUAUUUUGACAGUUAUCAUCAUUGUUGUGGUCCUACUAAUGGGCUUUGUGGGUGCUGUCUACAUGUACCGUGAGUAUCAAAACAGAAAACUUAACGCUCCUUUUUGGACCAUUGAACUCAAAGAGGACAACAUCAGUUUUAGCAGCUACCAUGACAGCAUACCCAACGCUGAUGUUUCGGGGCUGUUGGAAGAUGAUGGGAAUGAAGUCGCACCGAAUGGACAACUAACGCUGACGACUCCCAUGCAUAAUUAUAAAGCUUAGAAGAAGUGCUCCAGCUAUUCCAAAGUUGGCUUAAAAAUGUUAUAGGGCUUGUUGAAGGGGUAUCAGGAUCCGUGCCAAGGCUCCAUGCAGAGGAAUUUGCUCUUCAGAUACUCUUAUGCUGGGCAUGCUGUAGCUUGCUGGUGAACAGAAAAAAGUGUAGUAUAUCCGAAUUUCAGGUAAUAUGGUGAAAUGCAUUCAGUAUCCUGUUCUCCAUAAAGAUCCAUAGAAUUCACUGAUCUGAAAAUACAUUUUGUUUUAAUGAAGAGGUGGUGGGGUGGAGAAAGCAGUACCCCAUGAUUAAUCAGAAGCUACUUGAUUUCCAGCCAACCUAAUACUUAGGUCUGCAUCCUUUAGUUUGAAAAGUAGCUCAUGAAUUAACAGUGGAUUUUCAAGAAACAGACCUUUGUAAAGGCUUUAUAUUAGUUCCUGAUAUAAAUUUGUUUGAAAAGGAGGACAAAAAAAGGGAAAUAAUUGUUCACUGUACUACCAAAAGGCAAGUAGAGGAGUGAGUUGCACACUUGAAAAAAGUCACCAUUAUCAGUUUCCACUAAGCAGGGAAACUGGAAAAAAAAAAAAAAAGAAAAUAUUGGAGUUAGGGAAGAGACUAAGCUUUUCCCUUUCUGAGUAUAUAUACAGGGUGAUGAUGCUAUUAAAACAUAGCAAUCCUUUUUUUUUUUCUAGAAGGAGUUAAUGAACUUGUAUAGUUUCUGUGCAAGGGAAGACGACAAGAGAUCUCAGGGUUGCCGUGUAAAAAUAAAAGCUAGGCUUAAUACCCUACCCUGAUAGAAAUGGUGUGUUCUGUAUAUAAAAUGUAAUAUAUCUUCUUGGAAUUGUAUCUGUAAUUAUUUGUAAAAAAGACAACCAACCAACCAACCAAAAAAACCCAACAACAAAACCAUGAACCCCUCCCCAACCUCCCCUAUUCCCCAAGUCGUAUUUUAUCAUCUAGAUUUUAAUUGUACAGCGGUUAGUGGCGUUGUUUAAAAAGAAAAAAAAAAAUGAGGACUGUUUAAAAUACUGUAAAUUAGAUGGCAAUAUUGUUGGAGCUGGGACUCUGGCAAACCCCGACUGCUUAAAGCUUUUCUUCUAGUGUCAUUGAAUAACUUUGUUUUUUAGAGAAAAUGUGAGUGCUCCCUACUUGCAUCUGUCAGAUUUUCCCAUUCCUUUAAAUAUAGAGUGCAUACCAGUGUUGCCACGACUAGGGCCUAGUAGGUGUCCAAAAAUCGGAUGUACCAUUCUGUUACUUGCUUUUAAAUCUUUAUACAAAAUGCAGAUACACUGUCAUGAAUGCAUUGAGAGCCUGAUCUUGAUGGCCGAGCUUUUCCGAAGCGGCUGCUCAUCAUGUGUGUGGAUCUCAUUGCCAUCUCUCCCGUGCUGACACGGUGAUGGGGGUGACUUGCCGGAGGCUGAGCGCAGCCUCUGGGCCUCUUGAAGGGCAAAAGCAAAAAUCUCCUGGAUUUGGGUGAAAACGGCUUUCAGCCGAAGAGCUCGCAGGAGCUGAUCUGCGCUUCUAGGCUUAAAAGCUGAAAGUGCAUGGAUGCUUUCAGGAAACUUAUGUAGCACAAGGUGGUGGUGGGGAAUCAGCUGUCAAAAAAACCUACAGGGGUCUUUAGGUUUCACGGAUUCCCCUGAUUUUUGUGGGAGGCUGGCGGACUGUUAGCAGAGGGAGAACAACUAAUGGGGAGCACAGAGAGGUUGCACCACGGAGCUCCUCACUUGGUACCCGCAGCGUGCAGGCAUGCCUCGAGGCAGGCACCGUGCCCUCCCUGUGCUGGGAAGCCGCUGGGUCCGACCUGUGAAAAUCAAUACCGUUACAUUUAAGCAGGGCAUGAAACAAAUAUUUCACCUAACUCAUGACCAACCUCAGAACUAAAGCUGCGUUGCUGUGCGCGUUGGUGCUUUGCAAGCGAUUGAUGCUGAGGAUAAAUGAAGUACCUGCUAAAGGUCAGCAGGAGCUGACUGAUGCAUCCUCAGAGCCAGGCAAAAGUAAAUAUUUCUCAAGAUGAGAAAUGGUAGGAAGAAUGUGGUGAUUAUUUAUUUGCUUUCUGGUGCUGCAUGGAGGCUUUUCUUAUCAUUGGAGACUUGGGGGGGGGGGGGCGGGGCAGGGAAUAGGUGCUUUAAACACAUGCACAAAGAUGCCAUUUCUGCCUCAAAAACUUGCUGCUUGAUUUAAAGAUGAGGCACGGCAAGUAAAAAGGAAAAUAGUUGAGGAUGACCAAGGGAAAUGGUGAGGGCAGAAUGUGAUAUUGCAUAUAGGCCUAAGCCAAUGGAAAAGCUCCCGUUGCCUGCUAUGGGUCUGGGUGAGGUCCCAUAGUUUAGGUAAUAAAUUUGGCUGAUGUCAUUCAGAGCAACGUUACUUAUAAGAUGGGGGAGGACUGGAGGAGAAAAUCUGGGUAUUGCUAAUCCUCGAGUUACUCAUCAGACUUUUAAAGAGCAGAGUGGUGACAAAACAGAAAAUUUCUUAAAAAUUGUAAUUAUUUAGCAGUGCUGAUUUAGCGAUAUACUUGCACUUGGUCACUUCAUAGGGUGGGGAAAGGUAAUGUAGGAAGUGUUAGCUUCUGGGACUAAUGCUAGCAGGCAAAGUGAAGGACAGAUUGUUCGCUUCAAUGUUUCCAAAAUACUUUAGUAGAUCUUUUCACCUUUGCCACAAAACACCUCUUCCUCAAAUUUUGGUAUGACGGUAGGCUACUUUUUAACAGGAAUAGGCUUUGAUUUUUCUCUCACUGUAGAAAUAAUGACCAUCUGCAAAAUCAGAGCAUGAGUUCAGAUGCUGAGCCGUCCUAGUCCAUGCCUACCACAGCACAGGAGGCGUUUGCAUCUGGGCUGCUUCUGACCUCCAAGUUACUCUAAAGGCUUUGUGUUUGAGCCUUGUGUUUGGAAAGAGGAGGAGGUCAGGAUGCCUUAGGGUCAGUCUGCCAGGGAGGGCGGUACGGCCAUGCUGUUGUCUGUGGGUUGCACAUCUGGAUGAGGGGAUCUAGACGGCCCUCGUAGAUGUGAUGGGAAGCUUGGUUGGGCAGGGGGGACCUGGCUGCCCAGGUCUGGACAGCAGAGGAAAGCACAGGAUGUUCUUUAGCAGGGACUGGAGCACAGCAAGCACGUGGCACUGGGACAAUGCUUGUCAGAUGGCAAAAUGACUCAGCAGGAAAAUACCAGCCAUCUCCAGCCAACCAGGCCUUUGGCAUAGAGGAGCAACAUUUAAAAAAGAUGGAUGCCUCAGCAAAGAAAGAAUAAACAGCUUUGUGCUUGACUUUGGUGAUGUGAGAUUAGAUCCUCCUUGCUCUCUCCAUCAACCAUGCAGCUGUCCCCUGGGCACUACAGGAGGUGAGGAAGAAGCUAGCUAGUUCCAUCUCCAGUCAGCUUAGGUUGGCAUUAUAUGUUGAGGGAGUGCAGAGCUAAAACACCUGUGCCAGGGUACUAAAGGCCACCAGGACCGCCAGCCUGCUAUGUGUUAUAACUUGUCAUGAAGCUUCCCAGGUGUCGAGGUUUGCCCAACGCCACACUGGGCUAUGGGCAAGUAAACCAGAAAUGGACUUACAGGGCUGCAUCGAGGCCCGACUCAGAAGCUAGCAAGACAAGGGGAAGGCAUCUAGGUGACUUCCAGGGCUGAUGUGGCAAUACAGAUAUAUGUAGCGUUCCUGAAGGGCCACCAUGCAUCCCCUUCUAACUGGGCACGCUGCUGUCUGGCUGCAGUGGUGUGGCUGUCGUGGAGAAAGGCAGGCGAUGGCACGGCACGGUAGCUGCAGAGCAUAGAGAAGGUAUGACAAGGCAGGUGAGGGCUGGGUGAACGUGGGAAACCAGCUCUCGAGGCACGAUCCUUGGGGUCGUGAGGGCCCUCUGGACCCAGCUGGUCUGGAUGGGGUGAGCUCAGCUCCACAGUCAAGUAACUGAAGGCAAGAGGAUAUAAUGGAGCGGAUAAAGGGCAAAAAGCAAUGAUGUGUCAAAGGUGCGGGGCAGCCUGGAUGGCUCACAACUUAGGAGAGCAUUUGGUAAGCACAGAGUGCAACAGACAUGCAAAAAAGCGAUUGCGUUAAUGUGAAUAGAUGAUCUUGAAUCUUACGAACCACUGUAGCUAGAAAUAACUGCAUGGAGUGCUAGCCCUGGGGAGCUGUCAGGAGAUGUCAUCCAUUGGAAUGAUAAUUCCCUUGGACCAGGCUGAGCAAACUUAGCACACUGGAAGCCGUUUAGGAAAGAGGAGGGGAUGUAUUCAGCAUCCUUCGGGUAUCCUGGCCCAGUUAACCACUGCUACACGGCAUCUUUAUCUCAAAUGUUACAUGCAAUGUAAAUGUGGCAGUAAGUUUGCACAGUCUCCUUCAAAUAAAGGAUAUAAGAUUGAAUCCUAAAAAUAUGUUUCUCUUUAAAGUGAAGCUUUAAAAUGAGCUCCCACAGGACUCUGCUCUUCAUGUGUCAGAGAGAUGGAUUAAAAUAAGAAAAAUGUGGGCCUUAAAAGUUGUACUUGCUCCCAACUGAAACCCAUCAGUCUUAUUACACAUCCAAAUAAGGCGUCUCCUAAGCAUAUGCUAUGCUUACAAAUGCAUUUCUAAAAAAAAAAAAGUGUAUGAUUUGAAUAUAUGUCAGAAUUUAUACAGAAGAAUGUUAUUUAAAAUGAAUAAAAAUAAAUGUAUAUAAUUUGUAUCUAUGCCA